UAUAUGUAGGUUAUAUAAUACGGUUUUACUCGUACGGCGCGUCUUGCAUCGUCGAGACAACAGUGCCUAUUUUCCCGGUACUAAUAGUACCGCAGGAAAAUUGGUCGGCUGCCCCCCGCUUGUUUCUAUUGCUUUCCGGGUGUUAUGAACUAGCACAACCGCAGCAAGUGGUCUAAACAAACCCCCACCACGUCGAGUUCCUUCCCUGAGACGAGAUAAAGCGGAGAGCAAUACAAAACAAACCUGUUAGGUCCAAAUUACCUGGCUUCCUACUUGUUUUCCUCUCUCUUUCCUUUACACCUACCAAUUUACCUCCACCCCUACCUUCACCUUCACCUCCAUACUAAUAUUGGCAUUCAUAUUCAAACCCUCGCCUUCUCUACAGGCGAUUGUCGAUUCUUGUAAUACUCGCAUACUCACAAGGGAUACUGCGAGUCUAGUACUCCCUCCCACCAUUCAUCAUGGAUACCCAUUUCCCGCAGGAAGUCGUCGACAACAUCGUAGAGUUCCUCCCCGAGGACGAACUCUCUAAAUUUGCUACAGUCUCGAGGAAAUGGCAGAAGGCAGUUGAGAACUACAACUUCCGCUAUUUUACUAUUGAUCACACCAAGGAAGAAGACAUGGAAGGCCUCGCCACCAUCGUUUUCCCUAAGCACCGCCACCAAUUGCGCAUUCUCCGCCUACGCUCACCACUCCAGCUUGGAUACAGAAUCCCCGAGGCAUUCAACAAAACUCUUCUACGAUUUUUCCAGCUUGUAGCUGGCAGUGUCACCACCGUCCAGGAGGCACUGGAGAGUCGCAAUCGCGGAACCACGCUCGAGUUAUCCUGGCACUACCAGGCCGACGCAGAAGACUUUGGCUUUGCAAUUGACAGCUGCACCUUUACGCUACCGCCGGUAACCCCAGUCAUGAGGGGAAUAUCGACACUGCGAAUGAUUAUGUGCUGCGCGGAUGUUCGCGUGCGAUUGUACACCGCAGUCGAGUUAGCAAUGGCAACCCCAGACAUAAAGCGUCUUGAGAUUCUAGCCAACACAACCAGGCCAAUCCUCACACUUCGCUGCGCGGACCAUGUGAGGAACCGAAUUAGCCUAAGAGCAGCUCUACUUGCGAGAAAAUUCCUCUCUCACACGAAUCUUCAAGAGGUGUGCCUGAUGCUAGAGCCGACCGAUGGCGUCUCUCACAUGUGGAUCGAUAGCUACACCUCCCUUGUACCCCGACAGUUCGACCUGCUGAGCUCGGCUGUGCGAAUGUGGUCCUAUACUCUCGUGUCGCUUGACGUCCAGGGCCUCUUCGACUCUUCGCUUUUCUGGCCAGACCCAGCUGAGAAGCUCAUUAUAGGGGGCAGCGUAUGGAAUCGCCUGAAGAAUUUCCACGCUAGGCUUCGACUCGAGACACCUACCGGCAACCGAUACUUUGUCGCUCGAACUGGAAGCAACUUUGAGAACAAGCCGCAUCAAGAAACACUGCAGCCUUUGUUCUCGUACUGGGCCGACGCACUUGGUCACAUGCCUGUUCUCGAAAAGGCAUCGGUCGCAUUCACCAUGAAGUUCGAAGUGAUUUCCGAACGCAAUGCUUGGUGCCCUAUGGAUUGGAUGGUAGAGUACCAGGCUCCCAACAACGAGUCCCCUAACCCUCGCCUUUUCUUUCAGUAUGUCAGGGGCUAGCGACCCUGGGCUACGACGAUGGCAAAGCUACAUGCUUUGGGGAAGAAGAACAAUCCAGGACUAGAAACCAUCGAGCAGGAAUGGUAUUGGGAUGAUUUGGAUUGGAACGCGGAUUAUCAAUAUCGUUAUGGACCCGAUGAAGAUGAGGAAUCUGAUGACGAGACCGAUAAGGACUCUGAUGAAGAGAUGAACGAUGAACCCGAUGAAUCCGAUGAAGAGUCGGGCAAGGAGUCUCGUAAAGAGUUGAUCGAGGGAACUGACGAGGAAUCUGACGAGGAGGAGGAUUAGGGAUAUGGUGGGGAGACGAUUUGGUGACCUUGAUCGCCGAGUUGGGUUUUUUUUCGGCGACUUGAAUCUUGAGCACGACCUGGAUUGUGAAUUAUAACGAUCUUGGUGGUCGGUAUGUCACAUAGGAACUCUAUCAUAGUGAAUUUGAAGGCUGGAACACUUGCUAUAUCAUUUCAGCAAUUCCUCAAUUUUAUAAUGAUAAGUGUAUCGGAUACCGUGAAGUUCUUUCUCCUAAACGGAUGGCUUUGACUACCUAGGUACCUAAGUCUUUGAAAAGGGGUUAAUACUAUAGUUAGAAUUAAAAUGCUUGGUUGGCUUGACGCUUUUGAGAAGGUCGCCGCUUCAGAUCGUCGUGUGCUUCAAGAUUUAAGCCUGAUUCAUUAUUGA